ACCGCACAAAGCAGGACCUCGUACCUACGUUCAUUCGCUGAAUAACUUCACUCUUUCAGGUGUUCAGCAGACACUCUUUCGAAUCGCUUUUCGAGACUCCCGCUUUGACCAGUAUCCUAUCGGUCCAACUCAGCAAUAAUGCAGCUUACCACCCUCCUUUCCACGUCGGCCAUGGUCGCGACGACCUACGCAUUGAGGACCGCCGUCACUCUCAAUGCCAUCGCCGACGCGAGCAAGCCCUACGUACGCGUCAUCAACCGCUGCCCUUACGAUGUUCACCUUUGGUCUGUCUUUAAAGGAGACGGGUGCCCUACGGAUGGCAUGGUGACACUCAAGACUGGCGGAACUUACACCGAGAACUACGCCGACAAGGCAGCGGACCUAGGUGACGGAGACAACCACACCGGUAUCUCUAUCAAGAUCUCCAAGACGGAGGAGUGCAAGGGCAACGACAUCACCCAAUUGGAGUACUUCCAGGAGUUCACUGGUGCACUUGAUUUCCAGAUGAACUACUUUGACGUAUCCUACGUCGACUGCCUGGGCGGGGACUGCCCAGCAAGAAAUGAUGGAUACUACAUCAAUGUUGGUGACCAGCAGGGCAAGAACAAGGCCAGCAGCGACGGCAAAUGGUGCCCUUGCCAUGGAUGCCAUGACCAAGCUUCAUGCGACGCCAUCUCUUACGUUCUUCCCGACGACGUGCGGACCUUGACUUGCAACCACUUCCAGAACAUCGAUUUCUACAUGUGCGGCGGAAACCCCCCCAGCGACGAAGACGACAGCCCUGCUCCUCCCAAGUCUUCUUCCAGCCCGGCCCCGAAACCUUCCAAGGCCAAGCCUACAUCGACUCCCGUACCAUCUUCCUCCAGCCCAACUCCCGAGGUGUAUGCUGCCGAUGCUACCCCAUCUUCCUCGCCUUCACCUUCGCCCACCAGCGAACCCCCUACUACCACCCCGGCUCCGACCAGCGAGCCCCCCAAGAUCACCAAGACCGAAUUUGUCUACGUUACCGCAUACGAGUACGUCAAUGCGAAGAGGCACGCACACGACCACGCCCGUCGCCACCAACAGUUCCACGCAUAAACUUGCCAAGUCACUUGUAUAUGACGAUAUUGGCCUUUACAGAAGUGGUUUUGUUACAUUAUUCUACCUGCCGAUAAUUCAGGAUGCCUAUCUCGCCAUAUACCCAGAUAACAGAAUUUGAAGAGGGAUUGAGUGUUGAUUCGACUCAAGUAAUGCCAGGGGUAGACAGCGUCGCAGGUUCAAUCUAUUUAUUCUUACCUUUCGAUUUUCGACGCGCACCCUUGGUCAUGCUUGAUUUGACUGCUUGCAUUACAAAGCCUUCGCCUCCUACACUCUUUUACUGUACUGCACCAUGGGUGUAUUGGGUCCUUGUAAUUUUGCUUUCUUAUCUUUUCCCUAACGAAGUCACGAUACGGGAUACCAUCUUGGGUUUACUAGCCCUCCUUACCACGGCUAGCGGGAUAUACUUAUUUCAUUUCAUUUGUUUCUUGGAGAGCUUGUCUCCCAUCUCCUUUGUUCAUGGACGUGGGGUAAUUUGAAAAGAAGUCCUGGCUUGGUGUCUCUAGUAUCUAGCUUGGAAAUAGAAGCGUUCGCUAUUA